CUCCACAUCCUACAAAGCGAGCUAACCCGUCGCCAAACCGAAGGCGAGCGCCCAGCAUGCGGCUCCGGGACCAACACCCAUGGCUACAACACACCAUUCCACGUCUUCGCGCUCUUCUUGAUCCUCCUCAUCUCAACGCUGGCAUGCUCGUUCCCCGUCAUCGUCCGCCGUUUUCCCAAGCUACCAGUCCCUAACUACGCCCUCUUCCUGUCCCGUCACUUUGGCACUGGCGUCCUCAUCGCUACCGCUUUCGUACACUUGCUUCCCACAGCCUACGUUAGUCUGACCGACCCAUGUCUGCCGCGCUUCUGGAACGAGGUAUACCCUGCUAUGAGCGGAUUCAUCGCCAUGUGCAGUGUCUUUGCGGUAGUGGGGGUGGAGAUGGUCUUUGCGUUGAAAGGGGCGAGGCACAGUCAUGGAGGUUUGGACUUGGAAGGGUUGAAGGGAGAGGGGAGGAAGGCGGAGCAUAGGAGGGGAGACAGUGUCAAGCGGUUUAAGCAGGGACCGAUCGGGCUGGAACCGCUCCCGCCGCAACCGCAGUUCGAUGACGAACCCGAGGACCUUGAUUUGGACGAGCUAGAUCCCGUAGCCGAAGACCAACAGCCUCUAACCGCCACGGGACGACGGAAAGAACCUCCAUCAGCGAAUGGCCACCUUGCCCGACCGGACGGCCAGAGUCGGAGCACCUCCUUUGCCAACCCUAAUACCACCACCAACACAGUAGCCACGGACCAACGCGCCAUCCUGCAAUGCCUCCUCCUCGAAGCCGGCAUCCUCUUCCACUCCGUCUUCAUCGGCAUGGCCCUCUCCGUCUCUACUGGCCCGGCAUUCCUCGUCCUCCUCAUCGCCAUCUGCUUCCAUCAGACAUUUGAAGGCCUCGCCCUCGGCUCCCGCAUCGCCGCCAUACCGUCCUUCUCCACCACUUCGCUCAAACCUUGGCUCAUGAGCGCCAUGUACGGCGUCACUACUCCCAUCGGCCAAGCGAUCGGUUUGGCGGUGCAUACGCUUUACGAUCCGGCUAGUCAAUUUGGGCUGUUGACGGUCGGGAGUGUGAACGCGGUUAGUGCGGGAUUGUUGUUAUACGCAGGUUUGGUGCAGCUGCUGGCCGAGGACUUCUUGAGUGAAGGUAGCUAUACGGAGUUGCAUGGUAGGCGAAGAUUAGAGGCUUGUGGCGCGGUGGUGUGUGGCAGUAUGCUGAUGGCCUUCGUGGGU